AUGGCCGAAGGAAGAACUUUUCUUUCUCAGUUGAAUGUCUUCAACAAGGAAAACUACCAGUUUCCCUCUUCUUCCACAACCAAAAAGAAAUCGAGCACCACAACGGUAGAUGUUGACAACGAUGCCUCCGAUUUCGAAGCAGGCCAACAGUUCGCUACAGAGUUGGACCAAGGUGAAAAGCAACUAGGUGUUUUGUCAUGUAUCGGGCUUAUCUGCAACAGAAUGCUUGGUACAGGUGUUUUCGCCGUGUCCUCGACAAUUUACACAUUAUGUGGGUCUGUGGGACUUGCUUUGAUCAUGUGGGCCGUCGGGGCCAUUAUUGCCAUUUCUGGUUUAUACGUCUACAUGGAGUUCGGUACAGCUAUACCGAAGAAUGGUGGUGAAAAGAAUUACUUGGAAGCCAUCUUCAGAAAACCCAAAUUUUUCAUUACCUGUAUGUACGCUGCCUACAUUUUUUUCCUAGGUUGGGCUGCUGGUAACUCCAUAAAUACGGCUGUCAUGUUUUUAACUGCGGCUGAUGCGGAAAUCACGAAAUGGAACCAAAGAGGUAUUGGUGUGGCUGUCGUUUUCUUUGCGUUUUUGAUAAAUUCUUUGAACGUUAAAAUUGGUUUAUAUCUACAAAACAUUUUGGGUGUUUUCAAAGUUGGUAUUGUCCUUUUCAUCUCCAUUACCGGUUGGGUUGCCCUUGGUGGUGGGCUAAAAGACGGUUACCAAUCUCACAAUUUCCGUAACGCCUUUGAAGGUACCGAAACGGCCACUGCUUACGGUAUUGUUAACGCCUUGUAUAGUGUUAUUUGGUCAUUUGUUGGUUACUCGAAUGUUAAUUACGCACUUGGUGAAGUCAAGAACCCUGUGAGAACUUUGAAGAUCGCAGGUCCUACAUCUAUGGUUUUUUUGGCAAUCGUUUACAUUUUUGUCAAUAUUGCCUACUUUGCUGUGGUGCCAAAAGAAAAGCUAAUAUCUUCCAAGUUAGUCUUAGCAGCCGAUUUCUUUGAUAUCGUUUUUGGUGGCCAAGCCAAAAGAGCUGCUGCCGCAUUGGUCGGGUUGAGCGCCUUGGGUAAUGUUCUUUCUGUUAUUUUUUCUCAAGGUAGAAUCAUUCAACAGUUGGGUCGUGAAGGUAUCCUGCCAUUUUCCAACUUUUUUGCCUCUUCCAAACCUUUCAACUCCCCAAUGGUUGGUUUGUUUCAACAUUUUGUUGUCUGUACAAUCACCAUUAUAGCUCCGCCUCCAGGUGAUGCGUAUCUACUAGUUCAAAAUUUGAUUUCUUACCCAAUGAACAUUAUCAAUUUCGCCAUCAGUGCUGGUUUACUAUGGAUAUAUUGGCAACGUAGACAAGGUAAGAUUGAAUGGAACCCACCAAUCAAGGCCGGCGUUUUUGUCACAGGGUUUUUCGCAUUAUCUAAUCUAUAUCUGAUCAUUGCACCAUAUGUUCCUCCAUCAAACGGCGAGUCCGUUUAUUCAAGCAUGCCAUACUGGAUCCACUGUGUGAUCGCAUGGGGUAUCUUCCUCUUUGGUGGUGUUUACUACGUUGUAUGGGCACAAUUAUUACCAAAAUGGGGCCACUACAAAUUGGUCACGAAGGAUGUGCUUGGUGAAGACGGAUUUUGGAGAGUCAAGAUUGCCAAAGUUCAUGAUACUAAUGACAGCGAUGAUAUGGAUACACAAGAAGACGGUAUUGUCGAAACUGAUAUAAUCGAACAUUUUAAAAGUGAAGAAGAAAAACAACUAUAG